AUUUUAUGUGCGCAAAAUUAAUUUACACAUUGACAGUGAAAGUUUUCUUCUUCGCUUCAGCGCUGCAUUCACUCCAAAUUUAAAUUUCCACAAUUUUUCAUCAGAUUGUAUUAUUUUUGUCAGUCUUGGCUUAAUCAGCGCAGCAGAACUCUUCCUCACCAUGGUAAAUGUUGAGAACCUCCCUUGAUAACGACAGAAAUACUAAUACCCGUUUCCGAUCUCCACUCUUCUCUCUCUCUCUCUCUUGCAGCAAGCAAGGAUCUGGCACAGACUUCCUAUUUCAUGGCUACCAACAGGUUGUUAUCCUGCCCCUCCUUUGUUGCACUUUGACUGCACACCAUAGCUUCCUGUAAUGCAGGGUACCCUUUCAGUGUCCAACGGGCCCUACUUGCGCUGGUGGUUGUUGGGACGCUUGCCUCCUCUCCUCAGCUCCCCUCCUUGAAUGCGAGGCGGCGGGACAUGGGGGCUCGCAGCGUUACCGGCCCCGGCCGCAGUGCGGUGUAUUGUACAAGGGACCACGUGUUGGCACAGAUGGGUUGAAUGCAAGAUGUGAAGUGUAGUGGUGCGCUUGAAAACCACAUGUUUGUUCGGUUGAGAAAAAGUGCAUAAGUCUAAAAGAAAGACACUGGUAGCCUGAAUAGCAGCUAAAGAUUUCACAGAUGUAAACAUUUCUCGUAGAGGUCCUUCCGUCUACACCUCACUACAUUCUGCCUCCAGUACAAGCCCACAGUGAUCGCCUGUGUGUGCAUCCACCUGGCGUGCAAGUGGUCUAACUGGGAGAUCCCAGUUUCUACGGAUGGGAAACACUGGUGGGAGUACGUGGACACCUCUGUCACUCUCGAACUGCUUGAUGAGUUGACUCAUGAGUUUCUGCAGAUUCUGGAGAAGACACCCAGCAGGUUGAAGAGGAUACGCAACUGGAGGGCAACGCAAGCUGCCAAGAAGCCCAAGACCGAAAACACCAGUUUGAUGGACAACUCAUUUCCCGGGCCUUCAGCGUCACAAGACCAAAGUGAUUCCUCUUCCAAUCCCAGUUAUUCUAAAGCAGGCACUGCCUUCGCCAUGUCCUUAUCCGGUCAGCCUCAGCGAUCAUCCCUUUCACUGGACAGCAUUUCUGCCACAUACAAUCCAGCCAGCCACAGUGAAUGGCCCCAGAGCGGCCCGAGUCAGGCGGGGUACCCAUCGGCCUGCAUAAAACAGGAACCUCUCAGCAUCCCUAUCCAGGACACGGCGACGUCCUCACAAAUGUCCGUUCCCUCGCUGCUUCAGCCAGUAAUUAAAACUGAGAAAACCUUAGAUUUCAAUCCCGUCAAACUAGAACAAAAAGGAUCUGGCGGCGGUGGUGUGGGCAAGCAUCAGCCGCCAACUCCACCUGCUUACCCUCCACCAGCUCAGCCUCCCACGCCUCAGUCCUCCUCAGCUCAGAAGCUUUCACUCGAAAAAUACAGAGAGAAACAUGUUUCUGAGAUUGGACUCCCCGGACAGAAACGUAGGCAGGAGCAGCACGGAGGAGCGAUGGACUGUGACAUGAGAGGGGAUAUGUCGUCCUCCGCUUUUACCUAUGCACCAGCUACAGUGAGCCAAGUAGACCACAGAAAACACUCGCAGCCCCACCAAACGGCGUCCCCGAUGAAAAUGAAAGCCCCAUCCUCCUCGGCUUCAGGCCAAGACAGACGUCAUUACAGUGACAAACGGGACAAAGGCUUGCCUAAACUCCACCUGGCUGUCCCUGGCGGCAGCUCCCUCGGGCAGCCAAGCAAAGACGAGCUCAAGAUGAAGAUCAAGGUUUCGUCGUCGGAGCGCCACAGCUCAUCAGACGAGGGCAUGGCGGCCAACAACAAGAGUAAACAUUCCAGCCCGCUGGUGAGCAAGGAGAAACACCGCGGAUCGGAGCACGGCCUUCAUCGCCACCACAAGCACAGUCACACACACAGCGGCAACGGGCGAGGAGACGCGGAGGGUCCGGGCAGCGGGGCCGGCUUGCUGCGGAGUCCCCCAGGACUGGUCAGCAUGGAAGGGUCCACGCUCGCGCCCGCCGGAUUGGCCCCUCCAUCGUCAUCGUCAUCCCGCAAGAGGGCGCACCCCGAAGUCAGCCACAACCACCACCCUUCAUCCUCCACCUCCUGCUCCAAAGUGAGCAAAAUCCCCAAGGGUGGCACUGGUGCUGCAGGUACUCCAUCUUUUUCUUUCCCCCUUUCCCCCCCUCGCUCCUCUCCUGUACUGCAGUGUGUCUUAUCUGGCUUGCAGCUCUAUGGCUAACCUCCCUCAAUCCCUCCCUCCUCCUCCUCCUCUCUCCUCCCCCCUUAUUCUUGUUUCUCCUCCCCCCCUCCUGUCACAUUCAGGUGGGCUGCGGACCUCUCAGCAGUACCCUCCUCAUAGUGAUUCGCCACAUGAAGUAGGAGAGCAGAGACACUGAGUCCACCACUCUGCGGCCAUGACCAGCACUUGGAAAUGGCAGCAAACUAUCCACAGAUCAGACUUUGUUCACUUCCUUGACAAGUGCCCUGGGAAAAAAAGAAGAAGAAGAAAAAAAAAAAAACUUCAUGUGAUGUUAAACCCUUUAUCGGAAGGCAGAAAAACUUAAGUCUGCAAAAAAAAAAGAUAGAACAUGUGUUGUUGGACUUCUCGGUUUCUGAGACACAAGAAAGAUGACAAAAGAAAAAUGCUUCCUGACUGUCACAUCUCUGUGCUGUGAUGCUCAGUCCUGUUAUUCUGUUAGUGUAUCGGAUCGCUGCUCGGUUAGCCUUCCUCCUCCAGCAGGCGUCAAGAAGGGUUGAAUGUGUUUCCAUCAAGGAGGGGAGGAAGUUGCUUUGAUCCAUGUCUCCAUACAGCAAAACACAAGUAUUACAAGUACUAUAAACAGCAUGAAAGGUGCACUUUCUUUAUAACUUUUUUUUUAAACAAGUAAUUUAAUUGAAUCACAUUUCUGUGGUUGAUGGAGAACGCUUGUGGCCAGCUGGAGAGGAGUCGAGCUUUUGUUGGCUGGCAUUCCUUUUAGUAUCUCUGUUGGAUGCAGUUUUUUUUUCUCUCUCUCUCUCUCUAGUUGUAAAAGUUUGAUCUCCUCAAUUACUUCGUUGUCUUGGUUUCUUUUUAUACUUAAAAUACUGUGCGUAUAAUUUUCGUGUUUCAAUCAUCAAAGGGAUUUAAGAAGAAGAGCGCUUACUUGUUUACAGAUAAUGGAGAUAACUGUACAUACAUUUUUGUAUGUUUUAAAGAGAAAAAAGCUAUACCAUGACUACUCAGGUUUGGAGCUGCUUGUAAGUAUAACUAGAUAACUAUAAUACCUGUAAAAAUCAAAAAAAGAGUUUUAUUUUGAGUGGAUUGGGCAUCAUCGGGUGUAUGAUUGCAGCAUUCCAGUGGUGUGUGCUUCUUACAGCCUUGCUAUAAGACAUAGAUCUACUGUAGGUUUCCAUCACAGGAAAUAUCAGCUGAUUCCCUCAGCACAUCCAACAACUAGUUACCACGUCAGAGCGAUGCAAUUUGUACCAAAAAAAAAAAAGAUAUUUUUUGGACCUCUACGUAGACCUUAAGCUGGAUGCCAAAGGUUGUGCCUCACAGAGAAGAAAAAGAAAAAAGAAAAAAAAAAGAACAGUAGUAGUGUUCUAAUAAAGUUUACAUAACCCUUUCUUUGUUUUUCAAUGUACAUGUUGAAGUGCAUCAGACAUUUCAUGAUAUGACGCCGUAGCUUGAUAGGGGUCAGCCUUUGAACUGGGCAAGUGUAAGUGUUAAUUAUUAGCAGGGUACUAUUCUGGAGAGGUCGGGCAAAAACACUCGUUACAGCAGUUACCAAUUGAACUUAUGCAAGAUGACCGGCUCGAUGUGUGGCGGAACCUCAAAUAUCUGCAAUUUAGGUAUUUUUCUGUAGGUUUUUCUUUCCAUGUACUAAUUUGGUUGGAUUUCUGUUGAUAACCACGUAUUUGCCCAAAUAUGGUUUCGUACAUUAAGUUUGCUAAUGUUCCGUUGCUGACUGGUUUUAGGGUUUUUGCAAUGUUCAAACCCCGUCAUAAGGCAGAGGGUGGAUUCAUCUGCACCCUAAUUCAUGAGGUUUUUUUUUUUUUUUUGUUUUGGUUGGGCAUCCAAACCAGCGACACUCAACGCAACCAAUCAACAACAGCUAUUCACUUUUUUUCCUUUACCCUUUAUUCAUUUCAAUAUUACAAAUAAACUUGGAAGUUGCCACUA